AUGCGUGCGUCGACCACGCUCGCCAGGCAGAUCGGAAGGAUAUCACAGCCGCUGGCCUCGGCCUCCCGGCCACGCGUCGUGCCGGCCACUGCCACCUCUGCCGUCCGCGCGAUCGUCACUAUCCCGCACCCAUCCCUCGAGGUCGAGGGCGGGCAGACACGCUUCGUGAUCAAGGUGUUCGACCACAUGGCGACCAUUGUCGACUCUCUGGCGGUGCUCCGCGCAGCCGAGGCGCAGCUCGGGCCGAUCCUCAAAGUCGACGUGCCCAAGGACCCGUCGACCAAGCGCCCGACCAACACGCUCUUCGUGACCACCCUCAAGCCGGUCGUGUUCGACAAGUCGGCCGUGUUUGAGAUCCCCGCGCCGCACCGCUCGCCCGGAACCGGCCCGCUCGGCGGCGCCUCCCUGCCCGACGUGAUCGCCGCGCUGCACCCCGCGCCGGCGGACGCGCGCUCGCCCCGCUCGGCCGCGGGCCAGCCGCUGAAGUUCCGCAUCGAGCCGCGCAACAGCGAGGCCAAGCAGCGCCCCUUGCGCGGGAUCGGCGCCAACGUCACGCCGACGGAGGCCGAGCGCGCAGAGGACGACCGCAUCGUGCGUGCCCUGCGCGAGUUUGACGGCUUCUACGGCGGCUUUGCGGGCAUUGCCGACAACUUUGCGUCGCUCGUGCGCGAGCGUGAUGUCGCCGUGGUGGAGGAGGCGGCCGAGGCAGUAGAGGAGGUGGCGGUGGAGGAGGAGGAGGUGGUGGCGGCGGCGGCCGAGGUCGAGGCCCAGCACGCGGCGACGGCGCCAGCGACCCCCGCGCCAGUCGUGCCCGAAGCCGCGCCAACCCCCCGGGGGCCCAGGCUCUCGCCCAAGGAGAAGGAGCAGCGGAAAGCAGACAAGGCCAAGGCGCGUGAACAGCGGGCGCGCGACAAGGCCAUGGCUUUGGCAAUCCGCCAGCUUAAGCAAGAGGAGGCGGCAGCGGCUGCUGCUGCCACACGCAUCGCCGCCGAGGCGGAGGCCAAGCCGGCCAAGGCCGCCGAGCCGGUCGUCGAGCCUGUGGUGCCGGAGGAGCCUGCACCCGAGCCGGAGACCGGGGUCAAGACGAAGGGUGCAUGGGGGUGGGUGCUUCCCCGUAGGAAGUAG